AUGCCCAAGCGCGCUCUCUGCUCCUAUGGCAUCGAUAUCGACGCCGUAUCUGGAUGGAUAAACACACGCGACGGCAAGCCUGCCAACCCGACCGAUGUGUCCCGUGGAGUCUUCGGCGCUACGGUCGGUAUCGAUCGCCUUUUAAAGCUUUGGGAUAAGUACAAUAUCAAGACAACGUGGUUCACGCCUGCGCAUUCCGCGGAGUCGUUUCCAGCUCAGAUCCGUAAAAUCAUUGGGAAGGGACACGAGAUUGGGCUACAUGGUUACACACACGAGUUCGUGUCUACCCUGAGCGAGCAGCAGCAGCGUGAUGUGCUGGAGAAGAGCAUCAAAGUCUUGACGGAGAUCACCGGAAAGAGGCCGCGUGGCUGGACGGCGCCGGCUUGGAGCACGAGCAAGGAGACGGUGAAGCUACUGGAGGAGUUUGGAAUUGAGUACGACCACUCAUUCAUGCACCACGACUCGCAACCCUACUACGUCCCCGAUCCCUACCUCUCCACAUACACAGAGACGGAUGUCUCGAAGCCUGCCGCUCACUGGAUGUUGCCCAUGAGCACACUCAAGCUCUCUUCCGUUGUUGAAAUCCCUGCGAAUUGGCACCUCGACGACUGGCCUCCGUUUCAACUUUCACUCUCCCAGGCUUCGACGCACGGAUUCGUCGACACUGCCGUCGUUGAGCGUCUUUGGAAAGAUCAGUUUGAGUAUUUCUACCGUGAGUGCCCGGAUGGUGGCAGCUUUGUGUUUCCCAUUAGUAUCCAUCCGCAGGUCAGUGGAAAGCCGCAGGUGUUGCUGCUGCAUGAGAGAUUGAUUGAAUGGAUUAAUGGGCACGAGGGAGUUGAAUGGGUUACGAUGGAGCAGAUCGUCGAUGAGUUCAAGAGUGGGAAGUUGAACGGCGUCGGUGUGGAGGGAGGUGCAGACGUCUAA